GCAUUGUGGGCCACUCGCGGCUGGUAUGUUGUGGUGCGCACGCGGGCUGUGUGUCUAGCCGUGUCGCCAUCUUCACCGGCUCGUAGGUUUCACACGAUGUCUGCUCCUUUAAGGGGGCCCGAUCAGCAUGCUUGGGCCCUGCUAGCCCUCCAGAAGUCCGCGCCGACGUCCCCUCACCGCGUGCCGUGGUCGCCUGACAGAAAGGGAACCCCCAUUGCAAGGUUGGAAGGGAAAGAAUUCGAAUACAUGGUGCGGCAGAGUCGGGUGGUGAUUGGGCGCAACUCCAGCAAGGGCGAUGUCGAUGUAAACAUGGGCCAUAAUAGUUUUAUAUCGCGCCGACAUAUCGAGAUAUAUUUCGAGACGCCGCACUUUUAUAUGAUAUGCAACGGCAAGAACGGUGUCUUCGUGGACGGUGUGUUCCAGAGGAAGGGCGCCCCGCCUCUCCAGCUGCCCAGACAAUGUACAUUGCGGUUUCCUAGCACAAAUAUCAAGAUUCAGUUCCAGUCAUUAGUAGAUGACUUGGAUCCCCCACCUGCUAGGGUUCCAUCUCCACCCAAAAGAAAAAUGCAGCCUUUGAAAAUUAACAUUCCAGAACAAGACGCUAACUUUGGCUCUCCGUUCCCUUCACCAACAGGCACUAUAAGUGCAGCCAACAGCUGUCCCACAUCUCCGCGAGGAGGCCAUGGUGGGUUGGCAGGAAUAAAGAGAGGGGUCAAUGCAGAGAACUUGGUCCAGGCUGCAUAUGCUGCCAUGGAGGAUAAAGGUGACAUAGCAAAUACAGUUUCUUUAUCUACAGUAACAGUAUCAACAACACAUGAAGAGAAUCAAAUAAAUUUGACUCAAUCAAAUCAGCAGUACCACCACAACGGUAUCCAAGCGUCUAUAGCAGACGAUGGAUACUUCACUUCGCCGCAUCCUCCUGAUCAACCACACAGUCCUCCUAGUGCUGGUGCCAAGGAUGAUUCCAAACCUCCGUAUUCCUAUGCUCAGCUGAUUGUUCAAGCAAUUUCUUCAGCCCCAGACAAACAGCUAACGCUGAGUGGUAUAUACUCAUACAUCACAAAGCACUACCCAUACUAUCGGACAGCUGACAAAGGGUGGCAGAACUCUAUCCGGCAUAACCUGUCAUUAAAUCGAUACUUCGUCAAAGUCCCACGUUCUCAAGAGGAGCCAGGGAAGGGCAGCUUCUGGAAAAUUGAUCCAGCGUCAGAGAGUAAAUUAGUAGACCAAGCAUUUAAGCGGCGGCGACAACGAGGCGUUCCUAUUUUUAAGACUCCCUUUACUCACCUCUCUAAUAGAUCUGCACCAGCCUCUCCAUCACAUAUUGGUAUGAGCGGGCUGGUAACUCCAGAGUCAUUGUCACGGGAAGGGUCACCAGUGCCUGAGUACGUGGACUCAGCCACAGCAUCUCCCCUUAAUCCCCUAAAUACUGCUGCACAGUAUGAUGUCAACACGACCAGUGCACCACCUUCACCACCAUCUCACCACCAACAAGGUGCCACAUUAAUAGGUACAACUGGUGUCAGUGUCCAAAAUUCCCAGCAGCUCAUGUCUGCCUUACAAGGCAAGUACCUGAUAGCCACAGCGGGGGGUCCUAGUGGGGCAGGAUCUGGGAAGCCGGGAGAACUUAAACAAAUUCAACUAACCAGUGGUGGUCAUGGAGAGAGUACCUCUUUCACCCAAGGGCAGGUCAUAGUCCAGACAUCAGCAGAUCCCAGCUCCUUCACUCACACUCAGGUUAUUUUACCCACACAUCUCACCAAAUAUGGUGGUGGAUAUGUGACGGUAAAUGGAGAGGUUAAACGUGUGAGUACAACUACUACAGCGGGGCAGACUAUAACAGGUCCCAGUGGAAAUAUGAGAAACAGUAGUACCAGCACUGGAACAGCAGUGAUGGUAGGCACUAUGACUGCUGCUCCCCAUACUACUGAAUAUAUAGAGGAGGUAGUGGAGGCAGAGGGUGUUGUUAUGGCCGCCUCCCACCACGAACCCCUCACAAAACGACCUAGGAUGGAAGGGGAUGGACUUCCAUAUGAAGAUGAGUAACUUAGGCCCCCAAACCCAUGACAGUUACAUGUUUUUAAGCCAAUUAGGCAGUGGACGUCAAGCAACGCAAGUCACAGUUCUCAAGCCAACUAAAAUAGUGAUCCAGUAACUAAGUCAGACAGGUGGUUCUCAGGUUGGUGAAAUUCACAAAAAAAAAAAAAAAAAAAUAGCGCUCAUUUGAAGCAGAGUUAACCGGUUACGAUUUAUAAAAGAUAAUUACUUGCAUCACGUAUGUUGACACACAUUAUACUCUGUUACUGGGGGAAAAAAAAGUGAGGUUUGAGAUGUUCUCCUUCAGGGAUUAUAAAAAGAUGAUUUGUUUAAAGUUUAUAAACAAUCUACACAUAUGGUAAAGGUGCAAGACUGAAAGACUUGUGCAGUGGAUACUACUGUAGUGCCUGUUAUAUGCCAUAAUUUGACAGCUCUUGGCAGGGAGGCUUUGUACUCCAUUAGUGGACAUCAAAUGACAUGUCUUGUCACAGUGAUGUGAGAGAAUACAGAGUUCCAAGGAUCAGCUGUGCCUAGGUGUUAGUGCGUCACACCAUUGAGACUUUUGUCAUGUACCUGAAGAGAUUAUGGAGGUUGCUUCAGAGGCGACUUGUGCAAAUUAGUAAAUGUUUGAAUGACAUUUUAAUGCCCAUUAAUUGCUCUGAAGAAGUUAAUGACUGUGUUUAACGAAUGUUCUGUUUAAAGUGAUUUUUAAGUUUUGAUGAAAGGGACAUCCACUUUUUCAGAAUGAUGACAUUGCUUGCAUGUACACAAUAUUACUUGGCUUUUCUUCUUAUCUACAUCAGAUUACUUUUUGAUUGACUUAGUUGAGGUGUUUAUUGUGUAAAAUGAUAAUAUGAAUGGUAUAAAAUAGGACAUAGCCAUAUUAAAUGUUGGUACAGUACUUUAUUACUUUUCCGAGUGAGUCUGGCCUCGCUACCAAGUGUCAUAGUGGAACGAAUGAAUUUUUUUUAAUGGUCUAGUGCAGUACAAGUUUUUAGAUGAUGUGAAUUAGUGUGAUUAAUUUAAAUAUUCUUUGGGGGAUUAUUAAAGUGGGUAACAUGGAGAAUUAAUUUUUCAACAAAUAAGUUGAAUUUUUUUUUUCAUUUUUAUUUUUAUGUACAUUAGUGAAGUGUGUGGGAGUAGAGAAACCCUGCCAUAUAUGUACAGUAUCAAGUGUGAUUAGAUCUGCUUGUGAAAGCAGAGGUUAUGUUUCCCUAAGAACUUUGUAAUAAACAUGUAGUAUAGUGUCAAAACUCCCUUAUUUUUCUUUAAUGUCUGAGAGGCUAUAUGUGGUGUAAAUGGUUAUAAUGCUAUAUCUGUAUGGAGAAGGACAGUGUCAUAUAAAAAGAAAUGUUAGAAGGAACACUUCCUUUUCUUUUUUGUACAUAAACAGAACAAAUGUAGAACUCUAGAUUUUUUCAGAAUUAACAUGUCACAUCAAAAUGUUAGCUCCUAAUUGUGGGGAAUAUUUAUAUUUUAAUUGUCAUCUCCAAAUGUUACAAUGAUUCCACCCUUUAUCGUGGCAAAGAAGGGUCUUACUUUAGUUGUUAAAAGUGUCAGAGUCCUCUAUUGUGGCAUUCACAUACAACACGUGAUUAUGCCGUAGUCAGAAAAAAAUGAUGUAAAUAUAAUUACUGGUUAUUUUCUCACCUGUGGCAGGUGGCAAUAGUUUAUAUGAAUAUCCGAGAAUCAUCACAAGCAGCAAUCAAAUACCAUGGCAGUAUUUGUACAUGUAUUGUUUAAUAGGAAUUUCUAUACCCUUCAAAUUUUUAAUUUACAAAUUUAACAUUACUGUAACAAAAAUGUUUAAUUUGACCUUUAUUGUUUUUAAUCAAUUCUUGGGGAUGAGAAUUAUUAAAUUGGGCAAAGGUGACAGUUUUAAUAUUCAUAUACGAGAAGAUUGCAAACUAUGAUGACUCCAGGUGUUGCUUGGUUAUUACACUGCCACAGAAAGUUGUCGUUAUAUAUUGUCAUUUUUCUUCCUGUGCAAAUGGAGUCUAUAGGUGAAAUACUUUAGUGACAAAAGGUUCUGUAGAGACUUAUAAAAAUAUAUACUAUAGAUGAGGCAAUUUAUAAAAGUUUGCGGCAAUUAGCUCAACAUAAUUACUUAUUAAAAACUUAUUGGAUACAAACUUGUUCCAUUUAUGCACUUUUUUCUUUCAAAAUUGGUUACCAAAGAAUCUUAUUAAAAUAUAUAAAUGUAAAGGCUCCGCAAGUGUUAUCUUUUGUUAAAAAAAAAAAGAAAACUGAUCCUCUUAGAAACACUCCAGUUUUUCUUGUUUCUUUUGUCCUGUGAUAGGAACUAGUAUAGCCUGUACCAUUCUUUGACAAUUUUUUCUUAAUCUGUUCUGUUAGUUUCAGUUUCUUACAAUUAGACCUAUGAUAUCCAUAUUUGCUUCAUGCUUUUGGUAUGCCACUUACCAAAUGUAGUCAAGUAUUGCAACUCCUGAUUGCUAGCCAGUUUUGUCUUGCUUAUAAAUGAAUGGUAAGAUGGUCUUGUCUUGUUCUAGUUUUUGUUUAUAGAGACGGAUUCAAAAGCAAUGGCAACCCCAGUGUUUCAAGAAAAUAUGGUGUGUUUGAUUAUGUGUGCUUUUUACUUUCUUCAUUAUGCUGUGAAAGUCUUAUAGACAAGGCAAUAACAUUACAAUGCUGCUGGAGUGAGAGGAUGUGCAACCCAGCUUCAUAUACUGAAUAUGUUAUAGAAAAUAGUCUUAUCUGGCCAGUCAUGCCUGGUCCGAGCAGAUGAGAUUUAUCCUUACAACUUGAAAGAUGUCAAACUUUGUGAUGCUUCAACCUGCUGGUAGUUGGUUCAAAUAUCUGAUAAGAUUGUUUUUGUACUUGUUAGUAGUGUUUUCACCAGGCAGGCAAGUGUGAUACCAGGCUGAGGUGCCAAGCUUAAUUCUUGGAAGAAAAGACUUUACACAGUUGUAGUGUUAUUCUAUGAUAGUGGAUUGGUUUAUCCAAAAGAUUAUAAUAGUUAUAUUAAAGAUCAUGGGUAGUACUUUGACAAAUACUUGUGUUUCUUGGUGAAUUUUAAGAGGUACAAAGUUCUUUGUAUUCUGUUAGCUGUAAGCCAAUUAGUAGAACUUAAUCUGAAGGCACUUAAACAGCAUUCUAUGAACAUUUUUAGUAAAUGUGCAUGUCAGAUGCAGGUUCGUCAGGUAACACUAGUAUUUCAUAAGGAGCUAUUCAAAUAUUAGUGGAAAGCUAGUCAUCCAGGAUGACUUGGAUGAAGUCUCAAGAUUCCUAGUUUAUUGAUGGCUUCCCCCUAACCCUUAAUACUCCUGACAUUCAGGAGGAAUUGUCCUACCCUUCUCGAACCCUCCCCAGUUACUUCAGCCACCAACCCACAAACUCUACCCUGCCUUGAUAUCAUAGUGAUUCGUAUGUACAACUAAUAGAAGCAGAGUGAAAAAUAAACCUAUUAACUCAGAA